AAUAAUUAUAAUUUUCUCAAUUUGGAAGUGUACGCACGUGAAUUUGUAAUUUUUCCAAGUUUUUGUUUGACAGUAUUUUAUUUGGGAACAUAGUCGUAAAAUAUUCAAACAACAAUGACAGAUUUCUUUAAUAACAAUAGUGAUAGUUUUGACUUGGGUUCCUCGUCUGGUACCGGAACUACUGAUAAAUUGAAAGCCGAUGAAAUACAAAAAGUUAUAAUGAUGGAACAACAGAAAGCUCAAUUAAAUGCUCAAAUACAAGAGAUCAGUGAAAUGUGUUGGGAGAAGUGUGUGGAUAAACCAUCAGCAAAGCUUGGUACAAAAACAGAAGCGUGCCUUUCAAACUGUGUUAAAAGAUUUUUCGACUCUUCAGUUAUUAUUGCACAUAGAUUCAAUCAGUUGAUCCAAAGGUCCAACACUGGUUAGCCAAAUAUCCACGUUUUUGUGUUUUAUUCUUUAUUAUAAUGUUAAUUCUGUAGUAAUUGAACGAGAACUUUUCAAUAUAAAUCAAGUAAUAUAAAUUGUUUUGCAUAGUUCUGUAUUGAUUGUACAUACCUAUAGUUUGAGUGAAACUUGCUUGUUAUAAUAUUAUUAAUGUUCUAUAUUGUUCAAAAUAAAAUAAAAUAUAGUUUAUAAUAUUAUUAUUUACAAAUAGUUUGCAAUAUGUUGACUUUUUGGUUUUUUAAUAGUUCUAAACAUUUAAAAAAAAAAAUCAACGAGUUUAAUAAUAAUGUACACUUAACUGUCUGAAUGUUCUUAACAAUAUGAAUUGAUGAGCCUACUUAAAAUGUAAUUUAUUUAUUAUAAGUAAAUAAAUAAUAGUUUCCACUACCUAUCAUAAAAUAGUAAUAAACUUAAAAAUAAUACGUAUAUACAAUUUUAGUUGUAUCCUAGGUAAAUAUUAAACUUGUAGAUUUUUUGUCUUAUUAAUAAUUAUUAAUUAUCAUGCAACAUACCUAAUAAUUUGAAUAAAUUGAGAAUAAUAAAUCCAAAAUCCAAACAAA